GACGAGUACAGCAUCAUCGCAUCGCAUCUUGGCUUCGCUUCCGCACUUAUACAUAUAUUUGCCACAUCCCAUUGUACAUAUUCUUAUCAUCAAACAGUCAAAGACUCACUCCUACCCACGUGACGCAUCCAGUAUGGCUUCCCCUGCCGACCUCGAGCGUAUCCGGGGAACCUUGGACACAUCGCAGAUCAAACACUGGCGGUCCAUCAUCACCUUGGUCGUCUUUAUCCUGACCAACAUCAACGUCUUGUUCCCAUUCACAUUUCCCAUCUAUGUGCCACGCGUAAUCCUCAGUGCUCUGUUCAAGACGCUCGAGUCUCUGCGUAUUACAGCACGCAAAAAUGACAGCCGCAGCAAGGGAAACAGUACGUUCGUGCGGGUCACUAUGCCCAUGAACUUUGUCACCACACCACUCAUCGCCAAUCUGUUCCUCUUGGCCAUUCUAGCCAUUGGGCGCACCGAGGUUCACGACGGCAUUAUUGGUGCAAACAACAUCGCUCCCUACGACAUCAUGUUGUUCUUCGUAUCCCUUGCCUACAUCGCCAUCUCCAUUGACGCCUCAGGUCUCAUUCGUUACAUGGCCUAUCGUGUUUUGAAAUCGGGCGGGGAUGCCGGCUACCGCCUCUACUUGUCCCUCUACGCAUUCUUCUUCGUACUUACGGCAGGGAUUGGCAAUGAUCCGAUUAUCUUGUCUGGAACUCCUUUCCUCGCUUACAUGACCCGCGUCUCUGCCAACAUCGCUCAUCCUCGCGCUUGGAUCUUUGCCCAGUUCGCCGUGGCCAACAUUGCGUCGGCCAUCCUUGUAUCUUCGAAUCCUACCAAUCUGGUCAUUGCCGGCGCCUUUAGUAUCAAGUUCAUCAACUACUCGGCCAACAUCGUCGUCCCCACGGUGGUGACUGGCGUCUUGCUCUUCCCUGCCCUGCUCUAUAUCGUCUUCCGUGACCAGUCUCUAAUUCCCAAACGCAUUGAGAUGCAUCAGCUGUCUGAGGAAGAACAAGAGAGAAAACCAGUGAAUCCAAACAUUCCGGAGGCCAUUACGGAGACUGGUGGGGAUAAUGCGGAGGAUCCACCGGAAAAGGUUCUUCCUCUCAAUGAGAUCAUGAACCCGUACCUGGAUAAAGUGGGAGCUACCGUGGCAGCUUCUAUUCUCGCCGUCACCUUGAUCACUCUCCUUGUGGUGAACGCGGUCACCCAAAACGGACAUGCGAUUCAUGCAUUCUGGGUUACAACCCCAGCGGCGGUCGUCACGUUCUGCUUCGACCUCGUCUGGGGAUGGAUGAACAGGCAUGAAUCCCGAAAGAUAGCUUCGGAGCGCCGAACCGACAACGCAAUGGUUUCUCCCACAGCCACUACAGACGAAGAAAAAAUUGCAGAGGGCCAGAUAACAAGUCCCCGCACCAAUGAACCUGCCAGCCAACCAGUUUCUCACCAGGAACAACCGCGCACGCUCUCGACCAUCAUCGCAGCCCGCUGGAACCUGUUUCAUAUCACCUUCCCCACUGCUGCAACCGUUCUGACUCAUCUACCACUUGCCCUCAUACCCUUUGCCUUUUGUAUGUUUAUUUUGGUGCAAGCCCUGGUGACCAAAGGAUGGGUCCCUGUAUUUGCUUACGGAUGGGAUGCCUGGGUGAACAAGACCGGAACAGUCGGUGCGAUUGGCGGCAUGGGGUUCAUAUCCGUGAUCCUCUGCAACUUUGCGGGUACAAACAUCGGAACCGCCAUCCUUCUCUCUCGCGUUGUCCAGUCGUGGCAAGACAUCCACACCUUGAACAAUAUCCCCAUCUCGAACCGCACUUUCUGGGCCACCGUGUACAGCAUGGUGCUCGGAGUGAACUACGGCGCAUUCAGUGUCGCCUUCAGCGCUUCGUUGGCUGGCUUGCUCUGGCGCGACAUCUUGCAACGCAAGUUCAUUUACGUGCGCAGUCGCGACUUUGUUAGGUAUAAUCUACCGAUCAUUGCUAUCACCAUGGUGGUUGGCUGCUCUGUUCUGAUAGGGCAGGUAUAUAUUGUGCGGGAUGAUUCACGAUAUGACGCGUAG